GCUGCGUGGCGCACGGCGCUCAGUGGUUCACUUCUUACAGCGUGCGGGCUAUAAAGCGAGGGAGUGGCGCACGGCUACGCGCACUUGGAGAACAACGCACGCACUCUGUAGCUCGGAAGCGGCCGCUUAGCGUAAUAACGCAAUACGAACAUGAUUAGCGCUUUAUUGGCUCCACUCAGGCUGGGCGCGAGUACAUGCCGCACGCCCGUGGAAGGCUGUCCGGGCAGGACGGACUUUGUUUCCGGCUCGUGGAUGGAUCUUCUUGGCUUCCUAAUGAUCCGUUUCAAGAAGUUACACGCCGACAGUUGUUAAUGUCACUCAGCCACCCAGAGGAUCACUGCUGCCUCAGAUGGACAAAACUCCUUCUCAGUGACCAGUCAGUGCACCAUGAGAGAGAGCAGCCUGUCCCCAAAGGACUGAUUCAUUUCCUCUCGCUCCCAUGUCGAGUAUCUAGCUGUGUGCUUUCUUGUGGAUGAUAUUUGUCAGCCGGGCAGUAAUCGCGCAGGAAGCGGGACAAUCUGCCUCCAUGGGGUUCGACAACGACACCAACCGCACGGUGCCGGGGGUGAGCCCGUUGAGCCUGCAAGUCUCCCUGCCACUCUCGGCGCUGGUGAGCAUCAUAAUACUGCUCACUGUGUUUGGAAAUGUACUGGUGGUCAUCGCUGUGUUUACAAGCCGGGCUCUGAGGGCACCGCAGAACCUUUUUCUGGUAUCUCUGGCGUCGGCGGACAUUUUAGUGGCCACCCUGGUGAUGCCCUUCUCCUUGGCCAAUGAGAUCAUGGGAUAUUGGUACUUUGGCGAGGUAUGGUGUGAGAUCUAUCUGGCCCUAGACGUUCUUUUCUGCACCGCCUCCAUCGCACACCUCUGUGCCAUCAGUUUGGACCGCUACUGGUCCAUCACGCAGGCCAUCGAGUACAAUCUGAAGAGGACGCCGCGCCGCAUCAAGUGCAUCAUCUUCAUCGUUUGGGUCAUCGCAGCCGUUAUCUCCUUCCCGCCGCUAAUCACCAUGGAGAAGGAAAACAGCACGGAGGGCCCCGUUUGCAAGAUCAACAAUGAAAAGUGGUACGUCAUCUCCUCCUGCAUCGGCUCCUUCUUCCUCCCCUGUGUCAUCAUGGUGCUGGUCUACGUCAGGAUCUACCAAAUCGCCAAAAAGAGGACACGAGCGCCCCCGGGGGACCGCAAGCGGAUAGACAAGUCAAACGCCGUCGCAACCUGCAACCAGAAGGAGAACGGAGUGGCCGAGGCUGAGGCCGAGAAGCUGAAGCAGCAUGAGGACAUUGAGCUGAAGGAAGGAAUCGCAGACAAAGAGGUCAACGGCGUGGACAUUGAGGAAUCGUCCUCUUCUGACCACAAAGUCAACAAUCCCUGCUCUCUGAAGAAGAAAGCCUCCAAGGGCAGAAGUAAAAUCAAGCCAGGAGACAGCGAGGUGCAGAAGAAGAGCUCUAAAGGAAGCCGCUGGAAGGGCCGGCAGAACCGAGAGAAACGCUUCACCUUUGUCCUGGCGGUGGUCAUCGGCGUGUUCGUCAUCUGCUGGUUCCCCUUCUUCUUCACGUACAUGCUGAUGACCCUGUGCAAGUCGUGCCCCGUUCCCGACACCCUCUUCAAGUUCUUCUUCUGGUUCGGCUAUUGCAACAGUGCGCUGAACCCCAUCAUUUACACCAUCUUCAAUAAUGACUUUCGCAGGUCCUUCAAAAAAAUAUUGUGCAAGAGGGACGCGAGACGAUAUGGAUGAUGACCUGUCGCUCUUGUAAAUACUUUUUUUUUUUCUUCUCCAUUCAUACUGACAUGAUGAAUAUGCCUCUGGUGUGACUGCUUGGAGAGCAGUGGCGUCGCGUUGGUUGCCAGCGCUUAGGCAAAUCUGGCCCUCUGACAUGGCUCACUUCCACCAAUCUAAUGCUGACCUUUUGGAAAUUAAAGCUCAUGUUUGGGAAUUCAAUGAGCCAAAACAUGUGCUGUGAAAAGAAAAAAAAAAAGUAAAUAUGUAGUCCCGUCUUCAAAGACCUCACCACUGGCUACCAUCAUGUCUUAAAUGGGGAGCAUGUUAAUUACUAUCUGAAAUAAUAUGAUCUGUACUUCUAUGACUGUACAAGAUAUAUUUUUUGUCGUCAAAUGAUGCCCCCCCCAUCUCACUCCAUUUUUUUCCACUAAACACCCUCUCCCUGCCCCCAGCUUACGCCACUACCCAAGAGGCUUUUGCAAACCGAGCUUUCCAGGCACCAUUUGCUUGAUUCCUUUUGAUUUGAAAAUCACCUUCCUCAACAGCUUCGGCAUAGCGCUCAGCAGUCAAUUUAUUGUAGGUAAAUGUCUCUUCUUUUUUUUUUUUUUUACUAAAACAUCUAAGUCAAUGGAAUUGUUUUAUUUUGCUAUAAUUUGAUGUAAAAAACCUGUCUGGAUAUUGCCAUGGAUAUGUAUUGUGCCAUUUUGUAUGAUAUGAAUACUGUGUAGUGUUGAUGACGGUGAUCAAAAUAUUGGGAAAAUGGUGCCACUUGAAUAAAACCCAUUUCCUGAAA